AUGACGACCAACGGGAUCAACAUCGUCUUUGGCGGUGGCUCCUUUUUCCAGGGUACAGUUGAGGAUAUUGCAUCGUGGCUGGAUGUGGUUGAAAAGGCAGGCGUCAAGACGAUAGACACCGCCGAGCUCUAUGGCCAAUCCGAAUAUCUACUUGGCAAGGCAGGCGCUCCAUCAAGAUUCAUCAUUGACAGCAAAGCCGUUAGCGGUAUGGGUCCGAAUCCCUCAACCGCCGAAGUUAUCCUCGAAGCCGGAAAGAAGAGCUUGGAACUUUUAGGGACGGAUAGUCUCGACGUGUAUUACCUCCACUCCCCGGACACGAGGGUUCCGUGGAAGGAUACUUUGACCGGCAUUAACGAGCUCUACAAGCAGGGCGCAUUCAAGCGCCUCGGCCUGUCCAACUUUACCGCCAAACAGAUCGAGGAAGUCGUCCAGGUGGCCAAGGAAAACGACUUUGUGGUGCCUUCGGUCUAUCAGGGCCACUACUCGCCCGUUGCCCGCCACAUCGAAACCGACGUCAUCCCGACGCUGCGCAAGCACAACAUGUCGCUGUAUUCGUACAGCCCCAGCGCCGGCGGCUUCCUCACCAGGCCCAAGGAGGCGCUCCUGCAGGGCCGCCUCGGCCAGAAGGACAUGGUCGGCGCCAUCUCGGAUGCUUUGUACAACAAGCCCAGCUUCAUCGCGGCGCUCGACACCUGGGCCCAGAUCGCCCAGGACGAGGGCGUAAAGCUGGGCGAGCUGGCGUACCGCUGGGUCGUGUACCACUCCCAGCUCGACGCCAAGUCUGGCGACUCCAUCAUCGCGGGCGCGAGCAAACAUCAUCAGUUUGUGGAGGCCGUGGAGUGGAUGAGGAAGGGUCCACUGAGCGACGCCGCCGCCAAGAGGGUGAGCGCCAUGUGGGACGACGUCAAGGCCGACGCCGCGACUCACAACAUGCCUGACGGCGAGGAGCCCAGCACGUUCGCGGCCGGCCUCAUGGCCAAGGCUAGCGCUUCUUCUUGA